CCGGCAGAAUCCAGGAAGCCCUGGGCGGAGCCUUAUGGGGAAGAGUGUUUGUGUGGCACCACCGGUUGCGCUGAGGGUUAGGAUGGGGGCAGGUGUCGGUGUAGGGGUGCUCGGAAGGGACGGAUAUCGCUGUGACACUGCGGAGACGCUUUGAAGGGACGUGCUGGUGUGGCACCGGUGCACGCUGAAGGAGCCGGCGGAACCGGGUGGCGAUGGGGCUGUGGGAGUCGCUAGACGCGAUGUGGCAGAUGCCGGCCGAGGAGCGUAUAUUCGGAGUCGUGUUGCUCUUCUCCUGGACAGUGUAUCUUUGGGAGACCUUCCUAGCACAGCGGCAGAGAAGGAUAUAUAAGACAACAACUCAUGUACCACUGGAGUUAGGACAGAUCAUGGAUUCAGAAACAUUUGAGAAAUCUCGACUGUAUCAGCUGGAUAAAAGUACUUUCAGCUUUUGGUCAGGACUCUACUCAGAGAUUGAAGGCACUCUUAUUCUUCUCUUUGGUGGAAUCCCUUAUCUCUGGAGACUUUCUGGACGGUUCUGUGGAUAUGCUGGCUUUGGACCAGAGUAUGAGAUCAUCCAGUCCUUGGUGUUUUUGCUGUUGGCUACACUUUUCAGUGCAUUGACUGGUUUGCCAUGGAGUCUUUAUAAUACUUUUGUGAUAGAAGAAAAACAUGGUUUCAAUCAACAGACCUUGGGGUUCUUCAUGAAAGAUGCAAUCAAGAAAUUUAUUGUGACUCAGUGUAUUUUAUUGCCUGUGUCUUCGCUUUUACUUUACAUUAUUAAAAUUGGGGGUGACUAUUUUUUUAUUUAUGCCUGGCUGUUCACAUUAGUUGUUUCUCUGGUGCUUGUCACAAUCUAUGCAGAUUAUAUUGCUCCUUUAUUUGACAAAUUCACACCUCUGCCUGAGGGAAAGCUGAAACAAGAAAUUGAAGUAAUGGCAAAGAGUAUUGACUUUCCUUUGACUAAGGUAUAUGUUGUUGAAGGAUCUAAACGCUCUUCUCACAGCAAUGCUUAUUUUUAUGGCUUCUUCAAGAACAAGCGAAUAGUUUUGUUUGACACUCUACUAGAAGAGUAUUCUGUUCUAAACAAAGAUAUCCAGGAAGAAUCUGGCAUGGAACCCCACAGAGAUGGAGAAGGAGACAGUGAAGAAAUAAAAGCCAAAGUUAAAAAUAAGAAACAAGGAUGUAAAAAUGAGGAGGUGCUUGCUGUACUAGGUCAUGAACUGGGGCACUGGAAGUUGGGACACACAGUCAAAAAUAUCAUUAUUAGCCAGAUGAAUUCUUUCCUGUGUUUUUUCUUGUUUGCUGUAUUAAUUGGUCGAAAGGAGCUUUUUGCUGCGUUUGGUUUUUAUGAGAGUCAACCCACUCUAAUUGGACUAUUGAUCAUCUUCCAGUUUGUUUUUUCACCUUACAAUGAGGUUCUUUCUUUUUGCCUAACGGUUUUAAGCCGCAGAUUUGAGUUUCAAGCUGAUGCAUUUGCCGAGAAACUUGGGAAGGCUAAAGACUUAUAUUCUGCUUUAAUCAAACUAAACAAAGAUAACUUGGGAUUCCCUGUUUCUGACUGGUUGUUUUCCAUGUGGCAUUAUUCUCAUCCUCCUCUAUUAGAGAGACUUCAAGCUUUGAAAAAUUCAAAACAAGACUGACAUGCCCAGGGCCUGCCACUGAAGACAUUGCUGAUUAUUUCUGUUCUGGCAGCAUGUUCUAGCUCUUGAUGUUUUUAAACUUUUUUUUUUUAAGAAAAAUUAUUAAGUACAGAAAAGCGCAGAUUUAAAUGCAUUCCAUAUUUCAUUUCAAAAAUGAUUUUAAUAAUCCAUUUCUUAAAACAACGGAUGAAAUUUUGAGGCUUAAUGUUUUUAAAAGUAUCGUUUCAUUUUUGAAAUCUAAUUCACCAUCAACUUAUUGAUUAUUUGAGAAAAUAGAGAACUUGUUUAUUUACACACUUGUAUGGAAUCUGCAUCUAAGGUGUUUCGGGGCAUAUGUUUAGAAGAGGGAACACCAUGCUGAGUCCUUUCUGAGGCAGAAACGUGACCAUUGUGCUCGUACCGAAGUUGAAAUUUAUUUUUACUUUCAUACUGUUAAUAAUUUAACCUGGCGAAUCAGUGUUUUAAAUAAGGAAGACAGAUAAUAAUUGGUAAAGUCGAUGUUAUUUAAAUGAAAGUUGUUAGAAAUAUGCUUAUACUGUUUUACCGAAGUUCUCUGUUCCUUCUCUUGCUGCACAUCAAUCAAGAGUUUCUAAGAGUGCUUUAAAAUUAGAAAUUAUGUAUAGAAUGUUUUAAAUCAUUGUUUCUUUUUGUUGUUAUUUUUUAAGAAAACCUCAGUCUUUCCACCUAAUGGGUAGUCCCAUUGGGUAAACAAGUAUUUUUCAACAUUCAGGUUUUUCUCAUAUUCUCUUAUUUAAUAAACUGUGCAUCCCUUCACUUAGCAGAAAUUGCCAUAUUGAACAGGUUUUGCUAUUUUAAAAGUGGCAGAACGUGGAAGGAAGAAGAAAUGCCAUUUUAAGAGACAUAAACAUGAAAUUCUGAUGAUUCUCUUGUGAUAUUACAAGAAAAAUACAGCUUUCUAUCUCUUUCAAGGACAGAAGAGUUUUUAUUUCUGUAUUUUUUAUCAGAAAGUCUAAGUACUAUUUAAUCAAGCCUGAUUCCACUUUUGAUAAUUAUAGUCUUGAUAUGCAGAUUAUUUUUAAUUUCGAAACAAAUGUCACGAAAGCUGUCUGUCCCAGUUGUUUCGAAGGUGUAUGUUUGACUACAAAUCUCUAUCCACUCUCUGAAUGAGAACUUAUUUUGUGCCUAGAGCUCCUACUCACUGAUAAUGUUUACCUUCUGGGCAUUUAUUCCAAAGUGGGAUCAACUCUGCACCCUUGGUACCUGACCAUAGAGUUUUUUGCUCAGCUGACAUUUCAGUGAUGUCUUUACAUGGAAAUAUAAUAAAAAAUAAAAAGCUACUUUA